CAUUUCCGUCGGGGCUGCUCUCUGCAUCCGGGUCAGCCGCUGCCGCUGCCGCUGCGGCCGGGAAACUGGGCCCGGGUCUCUGCCGCCGUCCGAGGGGAGCGGGCUCCGCUCGGCGCUACCUUCUGCGACCUGGCCGUCAGCCCCACGUCGCCGGCCUGGAGGGGCGAAGAAGACGAGGGGGCCAAGGCUUCCUCCGGGGACAUUGGCUCUCUGGAUUAUCAGGAGUUUGUAGUUGACAUUGAGUCCAAGCUGAGAAUGGAAGGUGUGGAACUUAAGGAAGAAUGGCAAGAUGAAGAUUUUCCAAUACCUUUACCAGAAGAUGAUAGUAUUGAAGCAGAUAUAUUAGCUGUAACUGGAUCAGAGAACCAGCCUGGCUCACUAGAAGUUAAUGGAAAUAAAGUAAGAAAGAAACUGAUGGCCCCAGACAUUAGCCUGACCCUGGAUCCUAGUGAUGGCUCUGUGUUAUCAGAUGAUUUGGAUGAAAGUGGGGAGAUUGACUUAGAUGACUUAGACACACCAUCAGAGAACAGUAAUGAAUUUGAGUGGGAAGAUGAUCUUCCAAAACCCAAAACUACUGAAGUUAUUAGGAAAGGCUCAAUUACUGAAUACACAGCAGCAGAGGAAAAAGAAGAUGGACGACGCUGGCGUAUGUUCAGAAUUGGGGAACAGGACCACAGGGUUGAUAUGAAGGCAAUUGAACCCUAUAAAAAAGUUAUCAGCCAUGGAGGAUAUUAUGGGGAUGGAUUAAAUGCCAUCGUUGUGUUUGCUGUCUGUUUUAUGCCUGAAAGUGGUCAACCUAACUAUAGAUACCUGAUGGACAAUCUCUUUAAGUAUGUUAUUGGCACUUUGGAGCUGUUAGUAGCAGAAAACUACAUGAUAGUUUAUUUAAAUGGUGCAACAACUCGAAGAAAAAUGCCCAGUCUGGGAUGGCUCAGGAAAUGCUAUCAGCAAAUUGAUAGAAGGUUACGGAAGAAUCUAAAAUCUCUAAUCAUUGUACAUCCCUCUUGGUUUAUCAGAACACUUCUGGCUGUUACAAGACCAUUUAUUAGCUCAAAAUUCAGCCAAAAAAUUAGAUACGUCUUUAAUUUGGCAGAACUAGCGGAACUUGUCCCCAUGGAAUAUGUUGGCAUACCAGAAUGCAUAAAACAAGUUGAUCAAGAACUUAAUGGAAAACAAGAUGAACCGAAAAGUGAACAGUAAGUUUGGCAAUCUAGUCCAAACAAGACUGAAGAAUGUGCUGAUGAAGCAAUGCUCUGUUUUGCAUUUAUAAUGCAUUUAUUGGCCCUGUUUUUUAUGUAACCUGUUACAAAAUUGACUUGACUUUUUCUUAAUGGACUUUUGUAUAAGGGACUGUUCACUGCUGUAUUGGUUUGCAAAUCUCUUGAAUUUAGUUCUUUACUAGCUAAUUAUAUUGCAAUCAUUUUAUAUUUUAGAUUGCUAAAUAGCAAAGAACCAUACUUUAUGUAAAGCAAUUUUUGCAUUUGUUUAUUGAAUGAUGCAUCUUCUUCAGUAAAAUAUUUAUAUGCCUAACUGGUAAAGGAAAGAGAUAAUAUAUAUUUUUAUGUUUUUGAGCAAUAUUUUUUAAUGUAUACUUGUCUUGUGGAAGAGUAUGCAGGUAAAUAAGACCAUGAUUUUGUAAAGUGCAUGUUAGAAUUUUUGUUUUUGUAAAUGGUUAAAUACAUUUCCUGGGUAGCUUAGAAAAUAAAGUUGCUCAUAAGAUGAGGGACAGUUAAACUGGUUCUCGUGAAUACCCAAAGGUCAUGUACAUAAUCUAAGUAAAUUAGUACCAUCUUAAGUUUUUUUCUCAAUGUGUGUUGUUUCUUAACUCAGAAGCGCAAAAACAAGUGUAUUGCACACUUUUUCCUUUUUAAACUUAAAGACAAGUCAAAAAGCCAUUUUUAGAACUACAGAACUUAAGAGGCUAAGAAUUGGGGUUUGUAUAUAUGUAUAUAUGGGACAUUUUAUCUUCUGGACAAAAGUCAGAACUUGAUAAAAAUCUUAGGUUUGUUCACUAAUGUGAAAUAAGCUGUGUGUCCAGGGUAUCACUCUCCUGAAUUUGUGUGAGUGCAGUGUAGUAUUCAGAGAUUGUGAGGAGAUAUUCACUGUCACUACUUUUCUGUAGAAAACAGGGGCUGCUUUUUUAACUGCUCUCAAUGUGGGCACUUUACCAAAAUGCUUUCAUUUCAGUUAUUUGAACUUGUUAGGUGUUUGACCUAGUCAGAUAUGGUGUGUUUUCACAUUUUCUGUUGAAUCAUGUUGACAGUACUGUAAAUUGUUUUGUAAGUCUUAGAGCAUCAUUAUAUUACAUUGUUUUGAAUAAUGCAUUUGAUAUAAGCAUAUAAACUCCUUGUUCAGUUUGGUAAAUACCUUGACUCUACAUUCAAAUAAAUUGUACUUAUGCCCCCAAA